CGCAUAUUUACGCGAUAUAACCAUUAAACACCAGUCGUAGACCUUGCGCAUGCGUGUUUGUAACAUCCGGUUCUGACUGUCAUGGCCGCGGCCGCGUGAGCGCGGUCAACGUGCAGCGAUGCUCCCCGCAGCGGCUCGAGCCGGCAGACGAGCGGCUCUCGUCUGCUUCGCUGGUGUCCUCCGCACCGGCCUGACCUCCGCACGCCCGUGCACCUCUGGCCGGGCGCGCGCGCGGGACCCGCAGGACGACGGGGGCCAGCGGGCGGGCCGGAGGAACACUCCGUACUGGUACUUCCUCCAGUGCAAGAAGCUGAUCCGAGCCAACCAGCUGCAGGAGGCGCUGGACCUGUUCAGCCGCGACAUGUUGGCGGCCCAGCGGCUGCAGCCGGAGGAGUCCAACUACAGCGUGGUGAUCGGCGGCUGCGGGCGCGGCGGGCGGCUGCGGGAGGCCUUCGCCCUCUACAACGACAUGAAGAAGCGAGGCCUGCAGCCGUCGGACGCCACCUACACGGCGCUCUUCAACGCCUGCGCCGAGUCGCGGCGCCAGCCGGCCGGGCUCCAGCGGGCGCUGAAGCUGGAGCAGGACCUGCGGCGGCAGGGCUGCCAGCUGAGCGCCGUCACCUACCACGCCCUGCUGAAGGUCCACGCCCGGCACAACCACCUGCAGGCCUGCCUCUACACCCUCCAGGAGAUGGUGCAGCAGGGCCACGCCGUGACCCCGCAGACCUUCCACUACCUGCUGAUGGCCUGCGUGAAGGACCGGGACGCUGGGUUCAGGCUGGCCCUGCAGGUCUGGCGGCAGAUGUUGUGUUCCGGGCUGCGGCCGGACUCUCAGAACUACAACCUCCUGCUGCGAGCGGCGCGGGACUGUGCGCUGGGCGACCCGGGACUGGCCUCUCAGCUCCUGCUGCGGCCGCUCCGGACCCGCCAGGACCCAGACUCCAGCCACAAAUCUGCCCCGAUCGACGUGGAGGUGCUGCUGCAGCAGCAGCUGCUGGUGCGAGCGGCGGCUCGGCCGCGGGACGCCGGCGCCCUGAUCUCAGCGGGUCAGAACCAGGACUCCAAGUUUGCCCCCAACCUGUUGGAUCUCUUGGAGGGGAAGAGGGGUCAGGUGGUGUCACUGGGUCCUGUGGCGGAGGCUGCGGACCGACUGACUCUGAUCGGGGGAGCGGAGUCGCUUCUGGACAGGAUGGCGGCGACGGGACAGAGGCCCGACCUCAGAACUCUGACGCUGCUGGCGGACAUGAUGGAACCGGGCCCUCGCACCAUGGAGACGCUGCUGGAAGCGGCCAAAGGUCACAAGGUCAAACUGGACACGGCUUUUUUCAACCGUGCGAUCCGGCGCGCGGCUAAAGCCGGCGCCCUGGAGGCCGCCCAGGACGUGCUGCAGCUGAUGCGCCAGCGGCGGGUCAGCGUGGACCUUCGGACCUUCGGGAGCCUGGCUCUGGGCUGCGAGCGGCCGCAGCAGGCGCUGCAGCUGCUGAGGGACGUGGAGGAGGCGGGAUUCAAGCCCAACCUCCACAUCUUCUCGGCUCUGAUCGGACGAGCCACGCGGCGGCUGGACUACGUCUACCUGAAGCUGAUCCUGAAGACCAUGAGGAGGCUGGAGGUGUGGCCCAACCAGCUGCUCAUUGGUCAGCUGGAGUUCGCUGCUCGCUAUCCUCCCGACUACGACCAGUUCAAGUCCAGGAACAACUAUCUGGUCCACAUCGAUGGUUUCCGUGGUUACUACCAGCAGUGGCUGCGGGAGAUGCCAGCAGUGGAAGCUGAUGACCAGCAGGAGGCGCUGCAGACUCAGUCGGAGCAGCGGGGCCCCUGAGCCACGGGCCCUCGGGUCAGAGACCUUCUCUGGAGGCAACAGCAGCCAAGAGAGAGGAGGUCCUGUCCUGGAUCAGAUCUGACAGAGGCCGCUGGGUUGCCGGUUCAACUUCCCUCCCCGUGUCAGAACGGCUGGUUCUGAGGUGGGAGGUCCGUCGUGUGUGGCGAGUCCAAAGCACCAGAAAUAAAGACCAGUCCAGUCACUUCCCGCUGCCGCUCCUUCGUCUCUCUGACCUCUGACCCCUGUGUGGUCUGACGCCCAGAGGGCUGCCAGUUGUGAGUCGCGCUCACGACUUGCUUCGAGUCACGAGUCGACUCCUGGAGAAGGUUCACUUGCGCUCUGGCGCCACCAAGCGGACAUGAAACAUAAGCUUCUGCGAGCAUGCGCACACACAUUUGAUCUCAGUUAUUUUCAUUCGACACGAGCUGUUUUUUUUCCAACUGUGUUUGGACUGUCUGAGCCCGACACCUGUGGCCCAUCGUCCUGACCUUGUUGGCAACUGUUCCCAGAGCAGGGGACGCUGUCUCCUUCCCCAUGGUUCCAUGACAACAGGCUGCUCGCCUGACAAACCUUUCUUCAACCCGCAGCUGAACCGCUCGAUCCACUUCCUGGAGCGGUCACGUGGUGCGGCCAGUUCCAUCCCUCCACCGUCACUGGAGCGGUUCAUGCACUCGCCUCCAGACGACUCGGGACACAGCUGCUCGCCUGACAAGCCUGACAGGACGGGACCUCUGCGUGGUGAUCGCUGACACGCGUGGCCAUUGUUUGUGAAAAGACCUUCCCGCGGUCAACAGUCUCUGCGGUGGAGAAACAGCCGAUCGCCACGCGGUGUUCCACAGACUGAGGAGAAGAACGGACGCCAACCGUUGCAUGACAAAGCUGGUCUCUUGUGGAAGUAA